GCGGGAGGAGUAAAGAUGGCGGUGCGGGGGUCUCUGCCUUCUGCUCCUGGCUGAAGCGCUCUGAGGGACGCGGCAGCGGUUCCCCUAGCCGCAGCAGCGAUCUAGUGCUUGUAGUUUCGGCAGCACCGGCCGGGGCCGGAGCAAUGGCGGAGCUGGAGCACCUGGGAGGAAAGCGGGCAGAGUCGGCGCGAAUGCGGCGCGCAGAGCAGCUUCGGCGCUGGCGGGGCUCAUUGACAGAGCAGGAGCCCGCGGAGCGACGAGGCGCGGGGCGGCAGUCGCUGACGAGGCGUGGGAGCCCCAGGGUCCGCUUCGAGGAUGGUGCUGUCUUCCUGGCCGCCUGCUCUAGCGGGGACACAGACGAGGUAAAAAAGCUUCUGGCAAGAGGUGCCGACAUAAACACGGUCAACGUGGACGGCUUGACAGCCCUUCACCAGGCCUGUAUUGAUGAAAAUUUGGACAUGGUGAAGUUUCUGGUAGAGAACAGAGCCAAUGUAAACCAGCAAGACAAUGAGGGCUGGACACCGCUUCAUGCAGCGGCUUCCUGUGGCUAUCUCAACAUAGCAGAGUAUUUCAUUAACCACGGAGCCAGUGUGGGUAUUGUCAACAGUGAAGGUGAAGUCCCCUCUGACCUUGCAGAAGAGCCAGCCAUGAAGGAUCUUCUUCUGGAGCAAGUAAAGAAGCAAGGAGUUGAUCUGGAGCAGUCAAGAAAAGAAGAAGAGCAGCAGAUGUUGCAGGAUGCCCGCCAGUGGCUCAACAGUGGGAAAAUAGAGGACGUGAGGCAGGCUCGCUCAGGGGCCACGGCGCUUCAUGUGGCUGCUGCCAAGGGCUACUCCGAAGUCCUCAGACUUUUAAUUCAGACUGGCUAUGAACUCAAUGUUCAGGAUCACGAUGGCUGGACUCCCCUCCAUGCUGCUGCGCACUGGGGAGUGAAAGAGGCUUGUUCGAUCCUGGCAGAAGCACUCUGUGACAUGGACAUCCGAAACAAACUGGGCCAGACACCAUUUGAUGUGGCUGAUGAGGGUCUUGUGGAGCACUUGGAGAUGCUUCAGAAGAAGCAGAAUGUGCUGCGAAGUGAAAAGGAGACACGGAAUAAACUCAUUGAGUCAGACCUGAACAGCAAAUUGCAUGGUGGACUCUUUAAGAACAAAGAGAAGAUGCUUUAUGAGGAGGAGACACCGAAGUCCCAAGAAAUGGAGGAAGAAAACAAGGAAUCCAGCAGCUCCAGCUCAGAGGAAGAAGAAGGUGAAGAUGAAGCUUCUGAGUCAGAAACUGAGAAGGAGGCAGAUAAAAAGCCAGAAGCCAUUGUCAACCAUUCCAACUCUGAAAAUAAGAGUAGCAUCACGGAGCAGAUACCACCACCAGCUCAGAAUACCUUCUCUGCCUCUUCCGCUAGGAGAUUCUCCUCCAGCCUUUUUAACAAGUCAGAAGAGCCCAAAGAUGAAUCUCCUUCUUCAUGGAGAUUGGGACUCAGAAAAACUGGCAGCCACAACAUGCUGAGUGAGGUGGCCAAUUCCAGGGAAGCUCUAAGGGACCGAGGCUCUUCCAUCUACCGCUCCUCGUCAAGCCCUCGGAUUUCUGCUCUGCUGGACAACAAAGAUAAGGAGAGAGAAAACAAAAGCUAUUUUAGUUCACUAGCACCUCGGAGACUCAGCAGCACAAGUGACAGUGAAGAAAAGGAGAACAGAGAAUCAGCUGUUAAUCUAGUGAGGAGUGGCUCCUAUACCCGGCAGCUAUGGAGGGAUGAAGGAAAGGGAAAUGAAACCCCACAGACAAUUGCUCCUUCCACCUAUGUAUCAACCUACUUGAAAAGGAUUCCUCCCAAAUCCCAGUCUGAGUCGAUAGCCGAGAAAACAGCAGACAAUGUCUCUUCUAGCACUCCGCUCUGUGUGAUCACCAAUCGCCCUCCACCUAGCACUGCCAAUGGGGUUUCAACUGCCACUGUGCUCUCCACUGCUGGAACAGACUCCUCUCUGGAAGCCAGGGAGAAGAGGAGGUCCUAUCUGACUCCCGUACGGGAUGAGGAAGCAGAGUCUUUACGGAAAGCACGCUCCAGACAGGCUCGGCAGACACGAAGGUCUACUCAAGGUGUUACCCUAACAGACCUUCAGGAAGCAGAAAGGACUUUCAGCCGGUCGAGGGCAGAGAGGCAAGCUCAGGAGCAGCCUACCGAGAAGCCGGUAGACACCGAAGGGCUUGAGGGGAGCACUGAGAAGCAUGAGCCCUCAGCAGUCCCAGCAAAGGAGGCUGAGGGGGGCCAGCCGCCCUGGGGCAGGAGUCUGGAUGAAGAGCCUGUCUGUCGUCGCCUGAGGUGUCCAACUCAACCAGACAAACCCAAAACACCAGUGUCUCCUACAUCAAACCCCUCACUCUACACCAGUUCCCAUCUGCUACAGACAAGCAGAUUUUCAGUCCCUGAUUCUGAGAGUUCAGAGACUCCCACAAACACGACAACUACAAGGGACAUGGACAAAAAUGAAAGUGAAGAAGCAGAUCUGGAUGAUCAGUCCUCUAACAGGCUAUCCAUCCGAGAGAGAAGGCGACCCAAGGAACGACGAAGAGGCACAGGCAUCAAUUUCUGGACAAAAGAUGAGGAUGAAACCGACGGCUCUGAAGAGGUCAAAGAAACACGGCAUGAAAGACUUUCUAGGUUGGAAUCUGCAGGUAGUAACCCUACAACCAGCGAUUCUUAUGGGGACCGGGCUUCCGCAAGAGCCCGUCGGGAGGCCCGGGAGGCCCGUCUAGCCACCCUGACCAGCCGUGUAGAAGAGGACAGCAACAGGGAUUAUAAAAAACUGUACGAGAGUGCCCUGACCGAAAACCAAAAACUGAAAACAAAACUUCAAGAGGCCCAGCUAGAGCUAGCAGACAUAAAAGCCAAGCUUGAGAAGAUGGCCCAGCAGAAACAAGAGAAGACCUCUGACCGAUCAUCAAUGCUGGAGAUGGAGAAACGGGAGAGGCGAGCCUUGGAGCGGAAAAUGUCUGAAAUGGAGGAAGAGAUGAAGGUGUUAACAGAACUGAAAUCUGACAACCAGAGGCUGAAAGAUGAAAAUGGUGCCCUCAUCAGAGUCAUCAGCAAACUGUCUAAAUAGACUAGGCUCCAGAUUUGAGAGGGAGGGAAGGGACAGCAUUUGCUGCCCCUGCCUCUCUUCCAGCCCUUGCCUUCCAACCAAGAAGUGGAUGUUUUGGUGGAAGGACACUUUUUUCUGACCCUCUUCAGUCACCUCUGCACUGUACGGUUUCUCUGCGCUCUCAGUGCCCUGUUCCUCUCACCCCCCACCCCAAGUUUUAUGACAGAUUUAAUUGAAGCAUGAUUGCAAUCAUUUGAGCCAUCUGGAGAAGGCUUUGGGGAAGACACCAGGCUCAGCCGUGGACCCCCCCAACUUCCUGCUGCUAGCUACUUUGUCCACAUUGGAUUUGGUUCUAACACGUAAGGCUUCUACCCAAACCCGUACUCCUCAGCUUUUUACACUGAGCCCGUGUCCUCUGUUAAUAGGUGAGUCUUGCGGCAGCCACCCUGGGAUCCUGUCUGGGGCACGAAGAGAAACGGCAGGAUGUUGAAUUAAUCAUCAGGCGGCCUCUGAGCUGUGUUUCUAUUAGAGUCAGUGACAGUGUGACAGUGACUCUGCAUUGAGGCUCUCGAAUCUUCACCUCUCAGGAACUGAGUUAUUUUUAUUUUUUUCUAUCAACGACCCAGUAACAUCCCUGACUAGUCUGAAUCCCUAUUCCUCCCUCGUGUCUAGCGCUUUCUCCAAGACUCAGAUGGCCCUGGCUUCAUUUAUUCCUUUCCUUUCUUGUACUUUUUCCUCCCUGCCCCACCCCCUCACUCGAUGGUAGAACAGAGCACCUGACCUUGCCUAUCUUUGGCCAUCGUGGAAAAUCAUUAUUCUGGAGACCAGAAAAUCACCAAUCACUCUGGUGCCUUGGUGGCAGCACCACCAGCCCUCUCCCUGGAAAACCAGAGCAUGGCGUCAGUGCCAGCGCGUGAUUUUCAUCUCCCACUUAUCUUCCCCUUACAAAGUAUUUUUUUUAUUAGAAAAUCUGGGCUCCGAAUACCCCAGUCUGCCUUGUUCCCUUUGACCUGUUUUCUUCUCUUCACUCUGGCACCUGCUCCUGAUGAGAAAUGAAGUCAGUGUAAGGAGGACUGAGAGGUGGUGAGGUAGAUUGUUGGGGGAUGGACCAGGGAGUGGUGCAGGCUAGAAGGACACAUGGCGGAAGUAUCGUAUCUGAGGACACUUGCAACAUGGUGACAAAGAAGAUAAAAGAUGGCAGCCCAUGGUGUUGCAGGAACGGUGGUGAAUUUGACUAUUUCUGGUGGUUAGAUUUAGGGGAGAGACGUUUGCUUUCUUAGAAGCUAACAGGAGAAACGAUGCUUAAUAGAAGUUUAAAGGAAUGAGGUACUUUGAACCCAUUGAUGAAAGUCAUGGAAUUGAGAGUGGGAAGGCCCAGAGGUCACGUGGUCCAGCUUUCUAGUGUUGUGUCACAAGGACCCCUGCUUCCAGAACUUUGACCCAGGAUUGGGUACCUCUGGUGGCUGUGCAUUUAUUACUCGAAAGUUGGGCAGCUCUAAUAACCAGAGGGUUUUUCCCGAUAGGAGCUGAAGUCAGCCUAUGGAUUCUCCCUGUGUCCAGAUCUACCCUUUGCAGCUCUUCUACACGACAGCCCUUCAGAUACGUGCACUGCUGGCCUCCCCUUCGCCUUAUUUCCCGAGCUGACGUCCUCCCUGGCCUUUCGGUCACUGCUCACACGCAUGCUUUUCCUGCCUGUUGCUUCUCCUCUAGACAAAAACAGCCUUUUAAAAUAUCAUGCCCAGA